CAACGUAACAUGGCGCUGUUGACUUCGCUACAGCCACGCUUCUAGACUAGUGAUUGGUAGUUUUGGUCGUUACGUCAUAUAUGGGGGCCGUCCUAGUCUUGCGGGGAAGAUGGCGGCGCCCAUUAUGAGUAUUAGAUGUACAGAGCAAGUUACAAGGCUGCUAUGUGUGAGGCUGUGGAACAGUGUGGAUCUAAGCAGGGCAGGGAACAGGAAUGUGCAUAGUUCUGCACUAAGGUGUGCGGGGCAGGACUGGAGAGUACGGCGUGGCUUUGCUCGCAGUGGUUCAGAAUACGGCCCCCUAACAGAUCUACCAGACUGGAGCUUUGCAGAUGGUCGCCCAGCACCACCAUGGAAAGGCCAGAUUAGAAGAAAGGAGGAGCGCGAGGCAUUCGCUCAUCGGGUAGUUUUGCUGAGCACAGAGAUGGACCAAGGUAUGAUUAAUUGGAACAAUAAUCGGCAAAAGAUGAAAGCAGAACAGUUAGACAAAGAGAGGAGCAAACUUCAAUCCAAGGCAUCCCUUAAUAAAACAACAAACACCCAAUAAAUAUAGUUAUCCAAGAUUAAA